AUGCACGCUCCCACUAUCGCCCAGGUCGCCACUCUUGGCAUGGCUUUCUUCGCCGCCACUUCCCGAUCUACCGACAUCUCCGGCGCCGGCAUGGCUCUGGAGCAACGUGCCCCCAAGACGUGCAAGCGCAAGAACGGCGUCUGCGUGGAGCCCACCCCCGGAACCACCACCGGCACCAACCCCGACGUUGUUCCCGUUGUAGCGAGAAGCCCGAAGGGAGGCGACGCGGCUGUGGACGAUGCCAACAACAACAAGGCCAGCGGAAAGAACCCCAAGAGAAACCCCAAGGGCGGUGAUGCUGCAGCUGAUGACGCUGGUAACAACAAGGCCAAUGGCAAGAACCCGAAGAGAGCCCCGAAGGGAGGCGAUGCCGCCACCGAUGACGCCAACAACAACAAGGCCAACGGCAAGGCUCCCAGAACCGUAGUCGCCGACGACAACAGCGCUUCCAAGUCGACCACCCAGGACGACAAGAACAACAACAAGGGCGCCUCGGGCCGCAAGGGUGGCAAGUCUGGCAGCAAGUCCAGCGGCAAGACCACCACCUCCACUUCUGGCUCCGAUGACAGCAAGACCACCGUCUCCGACGACAAGAGCACCACCAAGGUCGACGACAACAACAAGAACAACGGCAAGGACAACAGCUCCUCCAGCGGCUCCGAUGACAACACCAAGACCACCGUCGUCGUGGACGACAAGAGCAGUACAAAGGUCGACGACAACGACAAGAACAAGUCUGGCAACAAGCGCAGCCCCAAGGGCGGCGACGCCGCUGCAGAUGAUGCCACGAACAGCAAGAAGGGUCAUGCCCGCCGCCAGGAGGAUGGGGAUGAGGAUGACUCUGAUGUCGACUUUGAGGAGGAUGUUGACUUUGACGACGAGGAGUAA